AUGAGCGAAACCGCCACAAUCGUCCAGCCCACCAAGCCCAACAUUGGCAUCUUCACCAACCCCAAGCACGACCUAUGGAUUAGCGAGGCCGAGCCGACAUUGGAGAGUGUGCAAAAUGCGGACAGUUUGAAGCCCGGCGAGGUCACUAUUGCUGUCAAGAGUACAGGCAUCUGUGGAUCUGAUGUUCAUUUCUGGCAUGCCGGUUGUAUCGGCCCAAUGAUCGUGGAGGGCGAUCAUAUCCUGGGCCAUGAAUCAGCUGGGCAGAUUAUCGCAGUGCAUCCUUCCGUGACACAUCUUAAGAUCGGUGACAUGUCGUACGAGAACGGGGCCAUGCUGGAGCCACUAAGCGUCGCAUUGGCUGGAAUGCAGAGAUCCGGAAUCAAACUCGGGGAUCCGGUCCUAGUCUGCGGCGCUGGCCCAAUUGGGUUGAUUACACUCCUCUGCUGCAAAGCUGCUGGAGCCUGUCCGCUCGUGAUCACGGAUAUUGACGAGGGUCGCCUCAAAUUCGCCAAGGAACUGUGUCCCUCGGCCAUAACCCACAAGGUCGAACGAAUGAGUGCAGAGGACUCAGCGAAGGCCAUCGUCAAAUCCUUCGGCGGCAUUGAACCAGCUGUGACGAUGGAGUGCACAGGCGUAGAAAGCAGCAUAGCCUCAGCCAUCUGGGCAGCGAAGUUUGGUGGCAAGGUCUUUGUCAUCGGCGUCGGAAAGAACGAGCUGAACUUCCCAUUCAUGCGAUGCAGCACUCGCGAGAUCGACUUAGUAUUUCAAUAUCGAUACUGCAACACAUGGCCCCGCGCCAUUCGGCUCCUCGAGAACGGCGUCAUCGAUCUCUCAAAACUUGUCACUCACCGCUUCAAGCUCGAAGACUCCCUUGAAGCGUUCAAGGUGGCAGCUGAUCCCAAGACAGGGGCCAUCAAAGCCACCUUUUCUCCAGCCACCAUGUCGUCUGCUUUUGCGCGUCCCCUGCUUCGGCAAUCCGGAGCUUGGAGCCGCAUGGCCGCCCGCCGAUUCGAGUCCACCUCCGCAAAGGCUGCCGAGACAGCAAAGGAGGCCGCCUCCAAGGCCUCUCAGAAGGCUUCUUCCGCCGCCGCCGAGACUUCUUCUAAAGCCCAGCAAGCUGCUUCUAAGGCUCAGGAGGCUACUUCCAAGGCCUCGUCUUCCGCAGCCGAAGCUGCCUCCAAGGCUUCUUCUUCCACCGCCGAGGCUGCUUCCAAGGCAUCUUCUUCUACCGCUGAGGCCGCCUCCAAUGCCUCUCAAAAGGCCUCUUCCACAACAGCCGAAGCCGCUUCCAAGGCCCAGGAGGCUGCUGCCAAAAUGUCUGCCUCUGCCGCCGAGUAUGCCUCCAAGGCUCAGGAGGGUUUGUCUAAGGUCACCUCAUCCGCCGGUCCAGCUAUUGCUGGUGCCGCCAAGGGAGCUGCCGAGUCAUUGAGCAAAGUUGGUGGUCGCACUGCAAAGGUGGUUGGUUUCGUUGAGAAGCAAGUCCCUACCGUCAUCUACUACUCAAAGGUCGGCGCUGAGGUCGCCAAGAUCGUCUUCCGUGGACAAAAGAUGUCUCCUCCAUCAGUUGAAACCUUCCAGACAUACUUCCAAACAUACUUCCAGAACGUAUGGAAGAACCCCAGCUCUCUCCUGCAGAACCUAUCUCAAACCGCCAGCAAGACUGCUGAGCAGCCCGCUUCUAUCCUGUCACGGGUUCAGAACGUGAGCCGUGCACAGUUAAUUGCUGUCGGCGUCGUUGCCGCUGAGUGCUUGGGUUUCUUCACCGUUGGCGAAAUGAUUGGACGCUUCAAGAUCAUCGGCUACCGUGGCGAAACUGCCGCCGCUCAUCACUAA